AUGGCAAGGAUCAUCUUCGGACGGGAGGAGCGGGCGCUCCUGAGCGAGUAUGGCGAGCAGCGGCGGCGGCUGACCGGCGAGGCGCUCCGUGGCUUCAACGAGUGUGCGCUGUGUCUGGCUCCUGCUCGCGAGCCCAUGGCGUGCAAGGAAGGCCAUUUGUUCUGCAAGGCAUGCGUUCUCGAGUAUCUUGUCGCUCGCAAGGCCAAGGCCAAAAAGGCUUCAAAGGCUGCCGCAAAGCGCGCCAAGAAGGCGGCCAAGGCGGCGGCCAAGGCGGCGGCCAAGGCGGCGGCGGGCUCUGCCGCUGUCUCUGCUGCCGGCGCGGGUGUGGGUGGCACAUCGACCGGCGGCUUGUCAUCAGCGGCGACUGGAUCGCUGUUGGAGGCCAGGACUGAUGCGCUGGCGGUGGCGGCAUCGGUUGGAGUGGCGGCAUCGUCGCUGGCUAGCGCGCCCAAUGCCAAGGGAACGGCGUUGAAAGAGGUCGACUCGGUCGGCGGCUACUGGCUGCCCAACAUGGCGCCAAACGUUGAUGCGGAUGAGUCGGGUGUGGUGGUGGCUGAUCGCACGUAUGUUGUUUGUCCUGAAAGCGAUCACAAGCUGACGUUCUCAUCGUUGGUUGCGCUCAAGUAUGCGCCGGUUCGCACACCCGGCGGCGAGUCGCGGCACGCCCUGCCGUCGUACGCGUGCUCGGUGUGUGAGACGGCGUUCCGCAACGGGAGCAAGGCUGUUGCGCUGCGGAUGUGUGGCCACGUGGUGUGCGCCAAGGAGUGCCUCGGGCUCGUUUGCGCCGACGGCGGAAGGUGUCCAGCGUGCUCGGAGCGGGUGAUGGCCGAUCCGUCAGCGCCACGCCGUGGACGCGACUACAUCCGCCUUGAUGCCGGCGGAACGGGCCACCUCGAGAACGACGGCGAGCGCGCCGAGGCCACUGCUCAUCGGAACUACGCUGUGGAGAUCAUGCGCUUCCGGGCCGGGACUGGCAUGGUGGCCAAUGCAUCGGUGUUGGUGGUCCAUGCUGGGUCAGGCAUGUCGGCUGACUCGGGCCUGCCCACGUAUACGGAGCUUGUCGAGGCCGGCGUGCCGUACGCCAGGCUCUGCUCCGAGUCGGUCAUGGUCUCGGCGCCUGACGAGUUCUGGGCGUUCUGGAGCGAGUCUGUGAUCGAGUACGGGCGGGCGCGGCCGCAUAAUGGCUACAACAUUCUGCGGCGUUGGCGGGAGGAGAGGUUCACAUCCCACGGUGCCUUCUUUGUGGUCACCACCAACGUAGAUGGCCACUUUACUAAGGCUGGUGUUGUUGACGACGACCAUCUGCGCGAGAUGCACGGCCGAGUGACCCGAUGGCAAUGCUCGAGGCCGUGCGGCGGGGCGGGCGCGAGGUGGGAGGUCGACGACCGCGACGUCAGCUCAUUGCCGCGGGCGUGUGCCGAGUGUGGAGCUGCCGGCCGGCCGGCCAUUCGCAUGUUUGACGACCGCGGGUGGCUCGAUGACGAGGCGCAGGACGAGCGCCAUCACUCAUGGUGGGAUGCAGUUGAUGACUUGCUGGAGACGUCCGAGACGGCUAAAGUUGUCAUUCUGGAGAUCGGUGCUGGGAUAACUGUGGCCAAGCUCCGCGGGAUGACCGAGAUACUCGCGGCGCAGAACCCGGGCCAGGUCCAGGUAGUCCGUAUCAACCCGGCGUACCCGCUGCGGGACUCGGAUGACGAUACCAGGGGUUUUGUCUCGAUUGCAACAACCGGGCUGGAUGCUCUGGAGCGGAUCGACGCCUGGCUGCAGAAGCUCGACGAGAGCUAG